ACAGUGCGGGUGUGGGAGACAGCGACGGGCCACUGUCGCACCGUGCUGGAAAAUCAGCCUUCACCUAUCUUUCACAUCGCAUUUUCGCGAGAUGGCCGGACUCUCCACACUGACAAUGGGGACAUCCCCCUACUAUUAGAUCUCAUUGCUGUUGCAUCCGUCCUUCCAGCCCAAGAACUGCCAUAUGCUACAGUAAAAGACGAAUGGGUGUUGCGUCAAACCCGGCGGUUUCUAUGGCUUCCUCCUCAGUAUCGGGACUGCGUCGCGGCAGUGUAUAGGCACACAGUGUGUCUAGGGUCUCAUUCUGGGCAUGUAGCGCUUCUUAGCUUCUAG